AUGUGGACUCCCUUCCUCCUGAGCUGCCUCAUCUACACCCUGGGGAUAUUGGCACAACCGAGGUACCUGAUCAUCAUUCCAGCUGCACUGCCCUACCCCUCUUUCCAGAGGGUGUGCUUGGAUCUCCGUGGGGUGGAGAAGCCUAUUCGUGUGGCCUUAACUCUUGUGCAUCCAUCUGGCAACCUCAGCCUCUACCGCAAGGUCGUCCGGAACAACUGGAUCUUCGAGUGCUCCAAAUUUCAGGUCCCCAAACCUGCAGGCAGCCAGGAGGUGGGCACUGUCCACCUGCACAUCUCCAAUGGCCACUACUUCAAUGCAAAUGAAGAGAAGCAAGUCCUGAUCCGAAGGGCUGGCACAGGCACCUUUAUCCAGAUGGAUAAACCCAUCUAUAACCCAGGACAGACAGUGAAAUUCCGGAUUGUGACAUUGACCGAAGAUUUUGCUCCCGUUAACAGCAAGUACUCCGUGGUGGAAAUCCAGGACCCAAACCAAAACUGUGUUGGCCAGUGGCUGGAUGUGAGACCAAAACAGGGCAUUGUAGAUCUCUCCUUCCAGUUAGCCACCGAACUCUCCCUGGGGACUUACACCAUCAGUGUGGUGAACCCAAAAGUGUCCAGUACCUUUAAGGUGGAGGAACGUGUGUUGCAGAAGUUCGACGUUUUCUUUGAGGGACCAGCUCAGAUUUAUGCUUCAGAUAAAACUUUCCCACUGCGUGUAUGUGGCAGGUACAGCUAUGGGAAAGCAGUGCAAGGGACCAUGAGGGUGAUUUUGUGCCAGAAGACAAGGAGACGUCCUCAAAAUGCCAGCAAGGACAUCUGUAGGGAAUACAGUGGUCCGACCAUGACCAAGGGGUGCUUCACCUCCUCUAUAAACACAUCAGUCUUCAACCUCCCUCCCAGCGAGGAAGAUGGCAAGCUCUAUGCAGAAGCCUCUCUCCUGGAGAUGGGCACAGGGGUGCGGAUCAACACCUCCAGCCAAAUCCUCAUCUCCAGGACAGCAGCAAGGGCAGUGUUUGAGACACCGAAUGCAUAUUACAUCCCUGGAGUACCCUACAGGGGGAAGAUUAAGCUUCAGGAUCACUAUGGCAAUGUCAUGAAAAACAGAAAAGUUUAUCUCGUGAUAAAGUUCAUGAGGCGCCGUCUUAUCAAAACUUACAUCACAGAUGGCAGUGGAAUAGCAUCAUUCAACCUGGACACAACUGCCUGGAACAGCUCAUCAGUCUCUUUGGAGGGAAGGUUCACACUGGAGGAUCUCACACACACACCUCGAAAAAAUAACUUCAGUUACACAAACGCUUACCAUCACCUGCAGCCCUUCCAUGUCACAACCAAGAGCUUCCUGGAUGUACACCCACUCACAGAAACACUGCCUUGUGGGCUGAAGCAGGAUGUCCAGGUGACCUUCACGCUCAGUCGAGAUGACCUGGGAGAAGACACCAGCCGUAUAGGUUUUGCAUAUUAUGUCACUGGCAAGGCUGGAAUUGUUGUCAGGGGCCAGAGGAGUGUCCGGGUUGGGAAGCUGAACAUGUUGAAGGGCUCCUUCUCCAUCCCUUUGACCUUCACUGCUGACUUCACCCCAUCACCUUCCUUAGUGGUGUACGCCAUCUUCCCCAACGGAGGGGUGACAGCUGACAGCAUCCGUUUUGAUGUUGCCUUGUGCUUUGAAAACCAGGUCAGGGUAGGGUUCUCAGCUAAAGAAACCCACCCAGGGUCAACAGUGCAGCUCCGACUGCAGGCAGCCCCUGGCUCCCUGUGUGCAGUACAGGCAGUGGAUGAAAACAUGUUCUUCACGAGACCAGAGAGCCAGCUGACAAGCCAAAUGGUCUAUAGUUUGUUCCCUGCUGCCUGCCGACAUGGAUACCCUAUCCAAGUAGAAGAGCAUUCAGAUCACUGUGUUCAGCCACAGUCCACCUCAUCUCUGCUACGAGGGAAGCCUCAGCAUUCUUUUCAACCUGACAUCUUUAACCUCUUCCGGAACAUGGGGCUGAAAAUCUUCUCAAACCUCGUAAUCAAGAAGCCGUCUCAGUGCUUUCAUCGGGCAGAUAGAAAGCCAACCAUGGGGGCGCCUUCUACAGAAGACCAAAGAAUCAUUAAGGAACAACCACAGUUUACAACCCAUGGAAGACUUCGCCACUACUUCCCUGAAACAUGGAUCUGGAAUCUGUUCUCUGUUGGCUCCAACGGCAGCAGGAGUGUCCCAGUCACAGCACCUGCUGCUGCUGCAGAGUGGAAAGUCAAGAUGUUCUGCUUGGCUGGGAGAGGAUUUGGCCUUGCUCCAACCAUGAGCCUCAGAACGGUCCAGCCCUUCUUUGUGGAUGUGACGCUGCCACAUUCUGUCAUCCGAGGAGAGACCUUCAUGUUGAAAGCUACUGUCUUCAACUACCUGCAGCAGUGCAUACAGAUCCAUGUUGCUCUGGCUAAAUCCUCAGACUUCCAGGUGGAGCCGUGCUGGACCUGCAGGGACAAGGAGUGUCUGUGUGCAGAGGAGUCCAAGACCUUCAUGUGGAAUGUGACAGCAGUUCAGCUGGGAACAUUGAAUAUCACAGUGAGGACAGAGGUGCUGGACACCAUGGCACGAUGUGGGGGCAAGAAGCCCUUGCCAGCUACCAUGAGGCGGAGGCAUGUGCUGGUCAGACACUUGCUGGUCCGG